AUGGCUCAAUUCAUCUUCCUUCUCAUUGCGAUUACUUCGAUUUCUCAAGUGAAAGCGAUUCUCAACUGCACUGGAGCGUCACCUGGACCUUGUAACAAUGGUUUGUGUACAAUUGUUCAAGCAAGUGGCCUCGUUUGUACAUCGGGUGGUUGUUGUGAUAACACUGAAGUGAUUUCAAUUGAGACUGGUGCAACGACGUUCAAUUGUGCAAAUGAUGAGUCGAGUGGACCUCUGAUUCCUGGUGUCCCGUGUCCAUCGGAUUCAGUGAAAGCUUUCGAUUCAACGGGAGAACUUCUUUGCUGUCCACUAGCCAAUCUCAUUCCGAUCACUCCAACCACCGUCAAGACGUACACAGCUAAAUCUGCUUGCACUGAUCAAAUAAACCCGAGCACCGGGACAUCGGAUUGCCCAUCGUUGAAGGACUUGUGCUCGAAUCCGACCUACUCGACGCUGAUGUCCACUCAAUGUUGCUCAACCUGCAGCUCGAUCGGGAAA